AUGAAGAAAGUGGACAUCCAUGAGAAAUACCUGGGCAUUCCUACGAUUGUGGGGAGAUCGAAGAAAUCAGUUUUUACCACUUUAAAGGACAGUAUCUGGAAAAAGUUGCAGGGUUGGAAAGAGAAGUUAUUGUCUCGAGCUGGCAAGGAAGUUCUUUUAAAGGCGGUAAUCCAGGCUAUUCCUACAUAUCUUAUGGGGGUUUACAGGAUUCCUAUUGGUGUGUCGGAUGAGAUUAAGUCCAUGACAGCUCGCUUUUGGUGGGGUGACUCUAGGAAUGGGGGUCGUGUUCAUUGGAAAAGCUGGGAUUUGUUGUGUGCUCCGAAAUGUCUUGGUUGCUUAGGUUUCAAGGACUUGGCAGUUUUCAAUACGGCACUCUUGGGAAAGCAGGCAUGGAGGCUUUUACAUGCUCUUAAUUCACUGUUUGCUCGCGUGUUCAAGAGUAAAUACAACCCAAAUUCAGAUUUUCUUGACUCCUAUUUAGGCAGAGGCGGUAGCUACUCUUGGAAUAGCAUAUGGGGCUCAAAAAGUUUGCUAAAAGAGGGUUUGAUUUGGAGGGUGGGAAACAGGACUCGCAUAAGGGUGUGGGAUGACCCUUGGGUAGGUGAUGACAGGGGACGUUUCCUUGGAAUUUUGAUCUCUUAG